UACCAUUCGGUAAGGUGGGCGUGGCGUGUGCUUUAGACCGGUGAUCCUUACCAGUGCGUGUCAGGAAGCGUUUGAGUGCGUACCCCACCAUCUGAUCUUUCACAUAGUUCGGCACCCACAGCAGCAUGGCCUCGCUGGCAUCCGAUGAGAAGAGCAAGCUGAGAUCAGUGUCUGUGGAUUUGAACAGUGAUCCUACUCUACAAAUUGACAUUCCAGAUGCCCUAAGUGAGCGAGAUAAAGUAAAAUUUACAGUUCAUACAAAGACAACACUGACAACAUUUCAGAGCCCAGAGUUCUCUGUAACGCGUCAACAUGAAGAUUUCAUCUGGUUACAUGAUGCUCUUACUGAAAAUGAAGAGUAUGGGGGUAUUAUUAUCCCACCAGCACCUGCAAAACCUGACUUUGAUGGACCACGAGAAAAAAUGCAAAAGCUAGGAGAAGGGGAAGGCUCUAUGACAAAGGAUGAAUUUGCCAAAAUGAAACAAGAGUUAGAAGCUGAGUAUUUGGCUGUGUUUAAGAAAACCGUAUCAGUGCAUGAAGUUUUCCUACAAAGACUUUCAUCUCAUCCCAUCUUAAGCAGAGAUCACAACUUGCAUGUAUUCCUGGAAUACGACCAAGAUUUAAGUGUCAGGAGGAAGAAUACUAAAGAAAUGUUUGGUGGGUUUUUUAAGAGCAUGGUAAAGAGUGCAGAUGAAGUUCUCUUUUCUGGAGUAAAGGAAGUUGAUGAGUUCUUCGAGCAAGAAAAAAUUUUCUUAGUGAACUACCACAUCAGGAUCAAGGACUCCAGUGCAAAGGCUGACAAAAUGACAAGAGCUCAUAAAAAUGUUGCAGAUGAUUAUAUUCAUAUUUCAGCUGGGCUGACUUCUCUAGCCGAUGAGGAUCCCACUCCGGUUAGAAAGUAUUUGCUGAAACUAGCAGAGCUUUUUGAAAAACUCCGGAAGGUUGAGGCGAGAGUUGCUUCCGAUGAAGACUUGAAGCUUUCUGAGCUAUUAAGAUACUACAUGCUUAAUAUUGAAGCUGCAAAGGAUCUGUUACACAGACGAACAAAAAGCCUAUCAGAAUAUGAGAAUUCAAACAAAGCCCUUGAUAAAGCCAGGCUGAAAAGCAAAGAUGUGAAGCAGGCAGAGUUACAUCAGCAAGAAUGCUGCAAGAAAUUUGAAAAACUUUCAGAAUCUGCAAAACAAGAACUGGUUGGUUUCAAAAGAAGGCGAGUAGCUGCUUUUCGUAAAAACCUUAUUGAAAUGACAGAAUUAGAAAUCAAGCAUUCUAAGAAUAACAUCUCUCUCUUGCAAAACUGCAUCGACCUGUUUAAGAACAGUUAAAGAAAUGAAUAACUCCGUUACCAGUAGACUUCAUACGCUGUCCAUCUUGACAAUCACAGCAGAAAUUUUAUAUGUGACCUACAUUCAUUGAGAAGAAAUAUUAAAUGAGUCGUCUAUUUCAAGACUUUGUAAAGUUUCUAUUAAAGAAAAGUGUAUAAAAUUACAUUUAUAUAAUUGUAUGGUGUAUUAUUUACAAAUGGAUAUAUCUUUUAAGUGAAGUUGAUUCAUUAAUAUUUGGCAAAAUCUCCAAUAGGUUAGAAAUCUAUUUUUCAUUGGAAUAUUUUUCAUCUAAAUAAAUUUGCCUAUGUAAGGAAACAA